UUCUGAUUACUACUACAAUAUAGAUACCUAGUAUCGUCAAAGUUAUCAUUCCUUUUUGUUCUUGCUUAAAUCUUCAAUUUUAAUCAUCCGGAUUGAAUUUGUUGAUCGCCAUAACGACCACCAAUCAUCAUCCUCAUCAUCAACAACUUAUUGACAUUAUCAGUUUAAUCCUCAAAUAAAUUUGUUCCAUCCAUCAAGGAUUUAUUGCCCAUAUUUUUUGUUAUCGUUGUUGUCGUGGAUGUGUUGAAGUACCAUAAUAUCGUUUGUGUAAUAAUAAUAAUAAAGAAAGACGUCAACAACAAAAUCAUUUGUCAAGAAAGUCACCACAUAGAUUAUUUGUUCUACAAAACGCAACUAUUGACCAUGUUUUUUUCCUUCCAUGAAUAAAUAACGAAGAAAUCUUAUUUACAACAACAAAACAAAAGCAAAAAUCAUCGACGAACAAUCUAGAAGUAGCAAAAAUCUAUCUAUAUCAAUCAUUGAUCUAUCUGAUGAAUAACUUUGUUAAGAAAAAUUGAUUCAAAUUUUAUUAUAAUUAUAUAAUUGAAACGAUCAAAAACAAAAAGUAAUAAUGACAGCCAAUGCGGCAUUGUCGUCGUCGACAACGACGACUACUAGUGCUGUUGGUGGUGGUGGUGGUGUUAGUAAUCAUCAUCAUUCAUCAUCAACAACAAUAACAUCAGGCUCACAUCAUAAUAAUCAUCUGGGGAUAACCGUUUCAUCAUCAUUAUUAUCAUCAUCAUCAUCAGGACGUUGUGGACCUUCAUUGAUCAAAUAUCGAAAUUUAAGGUUCCUAAUCACUGAUAAACCGACUGAUGCUACUUUGAAUCAAUAUGUUGAGGAGCUACAACGACGAAAUGUGACUGAUGUUGUUCGUGUUUGUGAAGCAACGUAUUCACCAAAACGUUUGGAACAAGCCGGUAUUAAAUGUCAUGAUUGGGCUUUUGAUGAUGGAACUCCACCUCCGCAAAAAAUUAUUGAUCAAUGGUUGGAAUUAAUUAUUGAACGUUUUAAAGAUUGUCCGAUGCCGCAGACAUCUAGGGCUGAUCGUAAAGCUAGCUCGACAACUACGAAUCAAACACCGGCACAAAUAAAUGGUUCGAAUAGUGUAGAAGGAUCGCCAGGAUCUACAGCAGCCGCUAAUAUUGAUAGCCAAUUGCCAUGUAUCGCUGUCCAUUGUGUAGCCGGUUUAGGUAGGGCGCCAGUACUUGUUGCCAUAGCAUUAAUUGAAGCCGGCUUAAAAUAUAUUGAUGCUGUCGAAAUGAUCAGAGCUGCUCGACGUGGUGCAAUCAAUGCAAAACAAUUGGACUAUCUAAGUGAAUAUAAACCGAAAAAAGUGUUAAUGUUCAAUAAUCGUUCAUCAUCAAAACGAAAAUAUUGCUGCAUCAUCUAAUCCUAAAGAAUUUCCGAUCUUAUAGAUUUGAAUGUCCGCUUUAAUAUGUCUGGUGUGGAAUGAUGUGCCAUUUUAUCAUUAUCCGCUAAGGUGUCGGUG